AUGGCAAUGAUAAAGAAAGAAAAUCUUAAUCAGAUUGGAGCAACUGUCCCAGCUAAUGUUCCAGCUAUAGUUCCUGGAACUUCAGCAUCCACAAGUGGAGCAUCAAGUGUUGCGGGAAGCGUUAACACAUCAUUGCAACUUGCUGGUACUACAGCGGAAUGCAACUUGGCCACCAAGGAUUUAAUGAUUGCUGCGGAAUACCGCGCUACUAUGGAUAGUGAUGCUGACAAUGACAUUAUUGUGCAUUAUGAUGGAGACAGGAAGAUGCAAUUUGUGAAUUGCAAGGGUGUGUAUAUGUUGGAGCAACUUGGAGCGAAUGUUGAACCAGGUGCCAAAGAGACAAGUGCAAUGUAA